UCUUCAAAUGGCUCGAAGCCGUCAAACGUAAAGUUGCCUCCAAUGGAUCUGCCAACUUUCACAGACAUAAAGCAGAACUUAGCAGCCCUGAAGAACUUAGAUGAGCCUGUGAACAGCUGGGACUCAUUGCUCCUCUGUAUAUUGUAUAAAAAACUAGAUGUUUUGACUAAUCGUGCAUUCCAAAUGGAGCGAGAUAGCAGCGCUAUGCCUACAAUAGAUGAAUUUCUGAGCUUUUUAGAGCGCCGAUCCCUCUCAUUGGAGAACACUGACAGUCAAAGGCCAUCUCAGAGAGUGGUCAGCAAUGUAGCAGCUACCACACCUACAUCAACAUGUUUAUACUGCCCUGCUAGCAUCUGAGCCAGAGACUUCUGUCACAGGACAAGUACCUGCAACUUCUACAUCUGUCAGCCCCGAGCAACCUUCUAUUGUGAACACCGCCUUCGGGUAUAUCGUCGCGGGCAGCAGUAACUCAAUUGUAAAUCAAAAACAAAACCAGGUGAUAUCUUUAUUUUGUAGAGAAUGCGACAAUUCAAUUAGUAAUCAACUGAAUGCUUUCUGGGACUCUGAGAAGGUACCGGAGAUCUUCCCAGAACAAUUACCAGAGCAUGAUUAUUGUGAAAAUCUUUUUAGGGAAACAACAAAGCUUGAGAACCAUAAGUAUCAAGUCACAAUGCCCAUUAAGGUGCCACUAGAGCAAGUUAACUCUGAAUUAGGACAAUCGUUUCAUUUAGCGCUCAAUAGAUUUCUGAAUCUGGAAAAGAAACUACACAGAGAUGAAGUUCUCUUUUGUGAGUACAAAAAGUUUAUAGACCAAUAUGUUGAUUUGUCACAUGGUUCUUAUGUAGAUAUAAGCAGUUAUGACUUGUCCAGGGAUCCUGUUUAUUUUCUCCCUCACCAUGCUGUCAUUAAUUUGGAUAGUUGUACCACAAAACUUCGUGUAGUAUUUGAUGGUUCCAUGCUAACUGAAAAGAAGGUGUCACUCAAUAACAUGUUGCUCAACGGUCCUGUAGUUCAGAGUGAUUUGUUUGAAAUUUUACUAGCUUUCAGAUUAGAAAAGUUGUAUUUUGUAUGCGAUAUUACAAAAAUGUUUAGAUGCAUUGAAAUAGAUCCCAAGCAACGAUCUUUGCAAAACAUACUUUGGCGUGAGUCACGAGACGACCACAUUAAAUGUAUACAGUUAAACACUGUUACCUAUGGUCUCAAGUCAUCCUCGUACCUGGCUACGCGUUGUCUCAUAGAUCUUGCUGAUAAAUAUAAGGAUUUAUAUCCACGUGCAUCAUCAAUACUUAAGAACAAUACCUUCGUAGAUGAUAUGCUCCCAACCACUAACACUGAAACUGAAUUGUUGAAAAUGCAGGAGGAAAUUAUAGAUCUUCUCGCCCUGGGAGGAUUCCAGGUUCACAAGUGGGCCUCCAACUGUAGCUCAAUACUGGAAAAGGUACCUAAAGACAAGCAUCAGCCUGUAAAGCCUGAUCUGCAAGGAGAUUACAUCAAAGUUUUAGGUAUUAAUUUCGAUACUGGAGAGGAUGUGUUUGCAAGCUCAUGUCCGGAGCCUUACCAAAGCUUACAUGAUACAAAACGCGAAAUAUUAAGUUAUAUCAGCAAAUUUUACGACCCUUUGGGACUGAUAGGACCGAUGAUUGUUCAUGCAAAGGUAAUUAUGCAACUGCUAUGGGCUUCUGAUUCGGACUGGGACGCCACUCCUCCAGACAAUAUUCGUCAAAUGUGGCUUGAAUUUGUUAAAAAUCUUUCACAGAUGAAUACCAUUAACAUCCCGCGAUGUGUCAAACCAAUAAAUGCAGUAAGCAUUCAGCUUAUAGGAUUUGCAGACGCAUCUUCUGUAGCUUACGGGUGUUGCCUAUAUUUGCGUUCCAUUGACGAGCAAGGUAACGUUCAUAUGCAUUUGCUUUGUUCGAAGUCACGUAUAAAUCCGUGUAAAAAAAAGCUUACCAUGCCUAAACUUGAGCUGAAUGCUGCGAUAUUAUUGGCUACGCUAGCUAAAAAAGUAAAAGGUACGUUACUUAAAAAAUUCUUAGUCAACGAUACUCAUUUCUUCUCAGAUUCGCAAAUUGUAUUAGCCUGGUUGAGAACUGACGUCACUCAGUUGCAAACAUACGUCGCAAAUAGAGUCAGGUCGAUAGGGGAACUCACACACAGCUAUGAGUGGCAUUAUGUUAACACCAGUGAUAAUCCUUCAGAUUGUCUUAGCAGAGGUAUUCAACCACACGAACUACAAAACCAUGUUUCGU